AUGUCCAAUAUGUUGAAUUCAAAACUGCGCCUCGACAUCCCGGGUGGCUGGACCCAGGAUGUAAAAGCAAAAGACCACCAACUCGCCGUCGGCAUCGUCGGUGAGAGUGGAAAAGUACUCGAUGCAUCUGGAAAGGCCAUUGCUAAGGUGAUUGAAGGUUCUUCGAACCUCGUUGGCAGUGUCGUGUCCGCUACAGGAGACAUACUCAGUCCUGGUGGUAACGUUAUCGGCAAGGCGAAGCCCGAUCCGGAGAGGUUGCGGAAGGGUGAGAAGCCUGAAGAUGGUGAUGCGGCAGAAUCGGUGACUGGGGAAGCGAGUGCCCCGGCGGCGAGGCGCGAUGCUAAGGCAGAGGCUUCCGAUGCCAAGGACAAAGUUUCACCAGAUUCGAAGUGCGUAAAGUUUGCCGACAGCGAGCCGGAGACCUUUGGCAAGGGUAAAGAAGCCCAGGUAAAAGCAUCAGGCGAGCCUACCAAGUUUGAGUCCGAGCCCUCGGAAGACAAGCGAGCCGGCGUGUAUAAUGAGUUUGACACCACGGUCUCUCCCACCACCGAGACUUUUGAGAAGUCUCCCACUCUCUCGGAAACGGCGAAGGAACCCGCCUCUGCGCUCGACCAAAAAAAGACUAUGGGGGCGGAGGAGGGACCGGAGGUUGCCACGCUCACUGCCGCCGAGGAUAUGCCAGAGGCCAAGCCUGAGCCAGAGGCGAAGCUGGAGCCUGGACUUGAGCCUGAGGCCGACACCGAAGCCGAUGCGGAAGCCCAACCUGAGGCUGAACCCCUCGAUCUCACGGUCCUAAAGAAUGGAAAGGUCAACAAGGCCGGCAAUGUCGUCGACGAAAACGGGCACAUCAUCGGCCACGUCACCGAAGGUGCCAUUAAGAAACUUUUCGGCCGAACAGUUGAUGAGAACGGAGAGAUUUGGAAUGACUCAGGCAAAGUGAUCGGAAAGGCCGAACCCGCUCUUCCCGAUGAACUCCAAGAGCCUGCCCCAUUCGAGGAGUUCCCCGAUGCCGUUGUGGAGCCCGAUGGCAAUAUUACCUUUGACGGCACCGUUAUCGGUCGCGUGAUUGAGGGGGAUGUGAAGAAAUUGAAGGGCAAGGUGGUUGAUGAGGACGGGGAUAUCCUCGACCGAGCUGGAAACGUCAUUGGAAAGGCCGAGAGGUGGGAAGAGGAAGAGCUGGAGGAAGUCGUCGAUCGAUCUAUCCUCGCGGGAAAGCGAGUCAACAAGCUUGGAAAUAUUGUCGAUACCAGUGGUGCCAUCUUCGGCCGUCUUGUCGACGGUGAGGCCAAGAAGCUUGCGGGACGUAUGUGCGACAAGGAAGGUAAUGUCAUGAGCGAGUCCGGCGAAGUUAUCGGCAAAGCUGAGGUCAUCGCUGAGAGCGAGCGCGAAGGACUGAAGGAGGGCCCCUUCGCUGAACUCGUUGGGUGCACCGUGGGCAAGGACGGAAAGAUCGUCACCCCCGGUGGCGAGAUUGUCGGCCGUCUCAUCGAUGGAGAUCCAAAGGCUCUCUUUGGUCGACCUGUUGACGAGGACGGCGACAUUCUGGACAAGAACGGCAACGCACUCGGCAAAGCCGAACACUGGGAGGAGUCCGAGAAGGCUAAAAACCCGCUCGAGGGCCGCAAGAUCAACCGAGAGGGAAAUGUCAUUGACGCCGACGGGAAUAUAAUCGGCAAGCUCACCUCUGGUGAUCUGGGCAUCUGCUUCGGUAAGGAAAUCGACAGCGAUGGAGACGUAAUCGACAGCAAGGGUAACACAAUCGGCCAUGCGUUACUCCUCGCUGACAUCCCCCCGGAGACCGAGACUGCAGAGGAAAAGGAGAAGCGUGAGCAGGCUGAAAAGGACAAAGAACUCGCAACGAAGAUGGCGGCCUGCCUCACGCAGUGUCUGGACAGGAUCCGACCCAUCUGCAAAAUGAUUACGCAGAAGAUUGAAAAGGCGGAGCGGACUCCAGAGGACGAGCGGGACGAGGAGGGCCUUGUGAGGGAGGUUAGGCCUUUGAUCGAGGAGGGAAGCAACAUACUACGGGAGGCCCAUGGCAUUGUCGUUGGAUUGGAUCCCGAUGGCCAUAUUCAGGCCAAUGCUAAGCACAAGACUGCCACGCGCGAGGCUACUCCUGAAGAGUUCCACCUUGCCGAGGUUCUCAAAGAGCUUACGGGCACCGUCACUGAGUGCAUCGACAGCGCAAAGCGCAAGAUCGAAGACAUGCCUCACGCUAAGAAGGAACUCAACCCGCUCUGGGGCCUCCUCACGGAACCUCUCUUCCAAAUCAUUGCUGGCGUCGGCUUGCUCCUCAACGGCGUCCUUGAGCUAGUGGGACGCCUUCUCGGCGGUAUUGGCCUUGGCGGGCUGGUGAACAACAUUCUUGGUGGUUUAGGCAUCUCGAAUGUGCUCAAGGGACUCGGUGUUGGGGGCGUUGUGGAUGCUCUUACUGGGAAGAAACAGAGUGGCAAGAAAUAG